AAAUGUCUGUCUUUUGGCGCCACUCACAAUUUCGAGAAGAAACUGGACAACGGCAAGCCACAGUGUUUGUCGCUUGGCCGUGAGAAAACAAAAGCAAAAGCAAAGCAAAAGGUGUUGCCUCCAACCUCGUUAAAAAUUUCGCUUGCAAGAGAGUUUGUAAAGUGAGAAAGCGAAAACAACAAGUUGAAAGCAAAAGACAAUCAAUCAGGCUAAGUCUAGACUAGCUAGGUCGAUAAGCCCCUUGUGUGAACGUUGCGUUGGAUUGGGUUGCGUUUCGUUGCAUCGAUUUGAUUCGAUCGUACAUUCGUUCAUUUGUGGCUCUCAAGAACAAUUGAACUGCGGAGCUCAUCAGAGGCGCAAGAUUGCUACCGUAGCUAACUGGCACGUACCAUGAGCAGCCGGUUUGCUUCUUCUUCCGAUAGAGCCGCACGGGAGGAGGAUGACCAUGACAAUAACGACAGCUUUGAAACGACAUUUUCCGCGGGAGAACUGAACGUCAAGGCCAUUCAUUACUACCACAACGCAUCCUACCACAGCAGCCAAGCUUCCAUUCGCACCCCGACUGCCACUGCCGUCACUUGGAAACCGGCGUAUGGUGAGAAAGCAGUGAAUGACUACGAGGAGGAGGAGGAGGAUGAUGACAGUAGACACGGCAGCCCUCGCGGCGGUUGUGGUCCUGGUCCUAGACCCGGUGGCGCCCCACCGUCACCUCAGAAGAUCCGCGUGAGCCGUGGCCGCCCUAGUCCGGAAGAUAGGGCCAUUAUGGUCCAUCAACCCAACUAUCUACAAGACUAUGCCGUGGACAGCCCAUUUCUGUGUGGCGCUCCUGGCAUGCCCUUUGCCGGCAAGACGCAGCAGCAACUGGAAGCAGAAGCAGAGGCUGACACAGUCGUUGUCAACAACAAGGCAAAGAAAGGACUCACCCAUACCAUGAAGAAUAUGAUGCAAAAGUUGGCCAAACGUGUGCUCCACAACAACAACAGCGAUAACAACGACCCCAGUAAACUGCAGCAACAAUUCAACCACAAAGACGUUGUGCUGGCCACGCCGCCCAGGGUAGCCAAAACUCCCGUCACUUGGUCCUAUUCGCCCCAGAGCCGAUCUCCGGACCAUGAUGAUCAUGAUGCACCCCAAAACUAUGAUGAUGACCUGUCGACAACAUCCCCCCUUCGCAAGGGCAUGUUGUUUGAUGAUGAAGAGGAGGAAGAUGACAUUAUUGCACCGCCGCCGCCGCAACGCCAAGAUUCCUCGUCCUCGGAAAUCUGCGCCACCACCAUCCUCAUGGAGACGAAUACGACCGCCGCCGCCGCAUCGAAUCAACCCAUUGGUGGCAAGCUCAUUCUAACUACCAUAAAACACCAGCAACAGCAGCAGGCACAACGACAGCAGCAACAACAACCAACAGUUAGCACCAGGACGUCGUCGGGACCGGUCGAUUUGGACGAAUCGCUUCCCUCCAGUCUGGAAGAAUCGUUUGAGACAAGGCAAUCUCUAGGUUCAGAGUCGCAGACUCUGAUUGAUUUAAAUGAAACGCUACAAAGUGUCGAUGAUAGUUUGGCUGAUGCCAUGGACUUGAACAAUGUGACUGUGGAUCAAGCACUCGAUGGAUCCUUUGCAUUCCAGCAGCACGAAGUGCGCCUCAAGAUGCCCAGUCGUAGUGGUAAUCAGACCAUCCCAGAAGUGUCCGAAGAAGAGGAGCAUGAUGAUGAUGACACGGAAAAAGAGACAAGCAAACGCAGCGUUGACGUCGACUUGGAGAGCACUCCAUCGUUGGAUGACCAGUCGAAUCGGCAAGACUCGGCACGUCAAAGCACGGCUACAGCGGUUGAUCUGGACGACUCCAUUGACAGUUCCAGCAGCGACUGUAUUCUGUAUCCACCUCGCAUGUAUGGAACCCGAACGGGGCCUGUCAUCAGAGGACUCGGCAGCAAGGGACAAGACGCAAAGCAACACCGAUCGUUGUUGCCACCAAGGCCACCUGCAUCGACUCCACCAAAACAGCAGGAUCAACUACAAGCAAAAUUCAAGAUUGUCAAAGUCUUUGGACACCCUGCUCCUCCUGCUGCAAGUGCGAGCAACAGCCAAGAGUUGAAUACAUCACAGGAGAGUGGCGAUGAAGUGCCCUUGUUGAACCACCACCAGCAGUUGCGUGCGGAGGAUUUCACUGUUGGACCCAUCGACAUGAACCUUGGAACGGCGUCUUCAAUCUUGGAUACAACCUGCGCAAGCAACAAACCGGAGCUCGCUUUGGCUGCCCCUAUUCUUGACGAAUCAUUCACUGCCGCCAUGGAGGACGAGGAUGAGUUCCCAACCGAGGGCAAGCAGAUCUUUCGUCAAGAGCGUAUCCAGCAUGCCUUUGAUGAAGCGUGCAAAAACGACGGGCGCCAGUACAGCAAACCUGUUGAUGAUCAAGACUUGACCGAUUCCUUGGCGUGGACUUCGAAACGAUCCUUCGCAACGGCUCCACCAAUAGCCAAGCCAACGACCAUGCCUGCUCUGCGCCUCCCUGCCUCGGUUCGCGACAGUCCUCGCCACUUUGAUGCCACCAAGCAGCCAUCAUCCGGAGAGGCCAACCAGUCCAGCACUUCUAUAGUGCUGCAACAUGUCAUACCACCACGUGACACCAGUACAUGUAGCGAGCCAACUGAAACGGUUACGCCGCCAUUAUCGGAAUCUAUGGAUGCUUUGUACUCUGCAUCCAUGUCCUUUUCGAAGAAAGAUGCCUCGGACGUGGCUCCUCUCCCUCCCUCAAAUGGAGACAGCCCUCGCCGCUCUGCUGGCGCCAACAAGUUUGAAGAGGCAGACUCCGUCGUAACAACAGUGUUGCUCCAAAGCAUUAUUCCUCCAUGGCAAAACAGCAGCAUGUCACAUGAAAAUGAUUUGACGGAGCCAACCCAAAAGGAGGUGCCAUCGGCGGAGGCAGGUACUCAAGAAGAUGCUUCCACCUCAGUCGUACCGUCUGCUGCGAGCAGUAAGGAUGCAGACAUGAUGUUCCAGACGAUUCCAGUUGGAAGUGCCGUGGUGGAGCUUAAUGAUAUGGAUGGGCCCAUGGAAGAUAUUGGCGAACUCGCAGUUGACGCAAGCACCGCACAAGGACUCCCCGAUCAAGAAAACGACCAGCCUCAACUAGACUCCGAUGUCCAAAGCAUUUUGGAGGAUUUGGAGGAGGCAAACCAUCAGGAACAGGAAAAUAAUAUGGUUGCUCCUCCAUCAAAGCAGGAGAUUCGACCCAAGUCAUUCUCUGAACGACCAUCAAGACUUCCUCCGCCUGCCUUCAAAGGCACCCAAGUGCGCUUGCCAGCUCUUUGGGAAGCACCAAGGUCCCGUCGCAGGGAUGGGGAGUACACUGGUCCUGUUGACUUGGACGAUACGAUUGACAUUACACGCGAUGGUAAAGAUGACGUGUAUACAGGGCCGGUCGACUUGGAUGAUUCAAUUGCUUCGUCAGAACCCGACCAAGAAGAUGACGAGCUAUCCACUGUCGAUGAAAAUGUAGCUGUUCAAAAGCAAGCAGAGGAUGCGGGCACGCCUCACGGAAAUCGCUCAACUAUUGACUGGAAUGCUUUCGCUGACGAUGCUGACAGCAGCGGCGACAGCAGCCACAGCGAAAUGUUUUUCACUGAAGUCGCCGUGCCGUGCAAGAAGCAACCUGACUCACAUGCAGAUUGGACAGAACCCAAACUUUCCAGCAGCGACGAUGACAGCUGCGCUGUUCACACUGGGUGCAUAUCUCCGUUUCGUUUGAAAUCUGCCAACGACAAGGAUGCUGACUGGGCCCAGAAUGGCGAACAAGCCAAUGCAAAGAAGUCAAACGGAACCGAUGCUCAUCCUCAAGAUACCCAUGUGGCCAAGCCUGCGAAACUCGCCAAGCAUCCAAAGGACACCCCCCUUGUAGCUCGUCAGAAGUCUUGGCGCGAAAGCACAGACAAGUCAGAUCAACCCAGCUGGUGUGACUUUAACAUGUCGGAAAGCAAGAGUCUGGGGAUUCACCGAGAGCUUGCGGAAACGGCAGUUGCCGGUCCUCGUGAUCAAACCCCCAAAGCAGCAACCUCGGCUACGAAGCCUGAAGAGGGUGAGAAGAGUCCCAGCCCUGAUCCGACCAAGCAAGGUGCCUGUAGCCAGGCCCAGGAUGUCCCGUACGAUCCAAACUCACCCGGCAAGCCUGAAAACAGCGAGGACGUUGGUGAAAGUGCGACAGAAAUCGACGACAGCUUUGAUAAGUUGAUGAAUAGCGACGAUAGCGUCAGUGCGACAGAUCUCAUCCACCACGAAUUCAAGAGCGUUGUUCUUGACCGCGACUCGUCGACUUCCAUUGACGGUGACAUCGGCGACAUUGACGAAAGCGCCCUGGACGAUAGUACGGCCAUGGAAGUGGAACGAUUCAAAAAGAUCUGUAUGCAGAAUGCAAUGAGCGCAAGGAUUCCAAAAGCGGAAGAAGAUGAUACAGUCACGUCGUCCGUGGUUUCGGACAUCAAACACGCAAAAGAGGCCUAUGCCAGUGUCAUGAUGGAGCUCGAAAGAGUUUUCCUGCCUAGGCUUCUCCAAGAACGGCAGGAAGAGGGGGCACAUGAAGAGCUUGUCAAGGAAGUGGAGCCUGUUGUGGCAGAGAUGCUUGUUGCCGAAGAGACAUCUGUUGCAAAAGAGGACCCUGUCGUGGACGUUGAGGACGCUCGAAGCGGAGAUGCUCGAGAAGACCCUGUAGUUGAUGCUGAUCAGCAAGACAUCCAAGAGCAGAUAAGGAGGUCUCUGGAGGUUGCCGCCGAAGCACAAGCAAAACUUGACAUUUCAAUGCUCGAGAGUGAGAUCAAGAAGUUGCAAGCAACUGCAAAAGCUCUCAGAGAAGAGAGGGCAGAGACGCCCAAGAAGACUGAUAGUGAGACAACACCUGCGAACCCCGUUGAGGAAAUCGAUUCCGCCCCGACGCCAGCGGAAUCACAGCAAAUAGCUGGCAUUGACAAUCGCACUGGUAGCUCCACUUUGCAGUCAACGCCUACGAAACAAGUGAUCGGGAUUGAUAUUGGCAAGUCCAUUCCGAAGACGCCUUCGAAACAAGUGAUUGGCAUGGAUAUUGGCAAGUCCUCUCCGCAACUCUCUGUCAUUGGUUACAAUCUAAACGUCAGCCGUGCGAGCUCCCGGCUGUCACAUCCGUUUGAUGAGUCCUCAUCUGUGAAGUCGACACCCUGCAAGCAGCCAGGGCUCUCCGUUUCUUCCAUUAGCAUUGCGUCUGGAAAUGAAGCGGACGACGAAUGUGGCUUUGCCGGCGACGCUUCGACUCAGGAUUGUUCAGUCAUCUCUGGCCGUAUCGGCGCUGGGCUUGACGUCGCUUCGGAUGCAGGCACAGAACGCACUGCUGCUGCUACUUCCAAUGAUCACGUGGCUGCUGGCAUGCAAGAGGCGUCGAACAAAACUGAUGAGGUAUGGGCUUUGCCUUUUGGUGUGUCGAUGGAUUCUCAAGAUGAAGUCGGACAAUCCGAGAGCUCAGUGGCAUCCAUGCGAGGAAAAAGCAAGAAGGAAAGGAGGAAGACUCCACUUGGGAAACGCAUGGUCAAUGCAUUCAAUCGACUUCGACGUACCGGUAGUCCUCGUCGCAAGGGACAGCGCGAGCCAAGCCACUUGUCCUGCACAGACCACGAUCGCGAGGAAGCCCAGUCAGAAGAGAUCCUGAAGCAGUUGAAAAUGAAAACGCAAGUCGUCGAGCAAAUUGGCAGAGUGCCCGGUCUUAGCGAAAAUUUGGAUCCAUCCUCGUACAAGGCGCUCAUCAGUGACAACGACGCUUCAUAUGAUUUCCAGCAAGUGCCAAAGGCAAACCUUCGGCAGACUAGGACACCCCGCGAGAAGAAGAAACAAGCCUGUCAAUUGAAGCCACUUGCUCCACCAAGAUCAUCGAAUCAACGUAAUCGCCCACGACCUAGGAGACUGCCAGGCACUCCGGAAGGCACAGCUAUUUUCGAGGCAGAUUUCACUCAAUUCGAAGCACGAAAUCUCUUUCCUUUCGAACCUGAAGACGUGCUAGCAGGCAGCCCCUUCUCUGUUAAGAAACCAGAUCCCACACCCGGAGGAAUUGAUGACACAGUCUGUUUGGAGGAUAGGAUGAUUACUUACUUGUUGCAAGGAAUUGACCCUCCCGGAGCUGAUCCCACGCCCGCCAACGAGAACUUCCAUAACCUGACUUUUACCGAAGACCCUCCUGGAAGUGCAGCGAGUUGCAAUGAAGCAGAACAACCAGAGGAGGUGGCUGCAUUAGAGGGAGAAGCAUCAGCGCAAGAAGUAUCAAUGGAGGAAGAAGCAAUGAGCGCCUUAACCCCCCAAAAUGAUACAUCUCAAGAAACGUCACUAUGCUCCUAUGGUCAACGUCCAACUAGUCUGGAUCCCCAUUUCGAGCGAUUGGUCGAUUCGUUGGUACAGCGAGCUAUAGAGUCUGACAUCUCCCUUUCAAUUGACCUCGACGAGUUGGCGAAGAAACUCCCGUCGCUUCCAAAAGCCGCUACACAAAAGGCUCCCAACGUGAUUGUUGUCGAAACAGUAGAUGAGCAAUCGUUGUCAAGCGAUACACCAGGACAUGUCUCUAUGGAGACACCCACACAGUCUCGGUUCGCAUCGCGCAAUCGCACUCCUCAAACAAUUCGAACAUGUACGACCGCUCCCUUGACUCCACAAACGAUAGGGUCAUUCAGCUCUCAUGCGAAGCACACAAGCUUCUCAGAAGACGAUGCAUCUGUAGCAUCCGUAAAUGCGUCCUGUACAGAUGUAUCGUUCUUGGGAAUCCGAGACAGUGUUACUGGUUUGCCAGUAGAAGUUCCCGAAGUUUGCAACAUCAGUCAAGAGGUUGAAACCAACUUGAAAGAUAUGUCCAUUUCCGAGGCAUUGUCAGUUGAGUGCACUUGGGAAAGCUUCUCUAUGAGAGAUCGAAGGAGAUUGAUUCCACCAACGAUUCCUGAACACCCGGAGGAGGAAGAGCCGACGGUGGCUUCACCACCCGCAAACUCCAAGACGGGAGGCAACAAGGAGUUAACCGAGAAAUCUCCUACAAGUGUCGUUGAAUUGGGCAACAGUUACUUCAACCAGACAAUCACUCUGGAGAGUUCCGGCUUUUCGAAUUAUUCCGAGGAGAGUUCGUUUGGGAACGCUCCCCAACCCCUCGCGUCCGACGAAGAGUACAGCCCCGUUCGCCCUCAUGAUUCGAUGCUCCUGAAGAAGUCCUACAACCUUGUGCGUUCCACUACUCCUGACCGGAAAACACGUACUCGAACAGCCCGAAACGACGCCACACCGACAACCCAGUGCUCUGAUUCUUCUGAAGACAACAUGCUGAACCCUUGCGUCUAUACCUUUCCAGUUUGAAGCUUUGAAUGACGUGUUUGAAAAAGAAUUGGAGGCCACAGCUGGUUUCAAACCUGUUGGAUGGGAUAAGACCUCAAGCAUUGAACCCGACGGAUUAGCGACUAUGUAGAUGUUCCUAGCUAGUAGCACUAACACAUUGACUAAGAAUAUGUAAUGAAGCUUUAUGUUU